UGAAAAAAAGAGAGUGUUGAUGGUGGUGCUAUGGCUGGGGGUGGUUGAAAUUAUUAUUAUCUUUGUACGCACACACACACGCGGAGAACCAUCUGUGUGUGUGCACGCAUUUUAGGAGCAAACCAUUACCAAUACACACACUUACUCGCUCCGACAUAACUGAAAGUAGAUACCAUCCAUUGGCAAAGAGCGGAACACAAAAUAUUCUGUGGCAUUGUUGUGCAGCAGUAGUUUAUAGAUACACGAUUCGGAAUAUCCUUGCGCUUACUGUGGCAAAGGCACAAAGGAUAAUACAAUUUUUGAUUUAACAAAAACCUGAAAAUUUUAAAACAAUUUUAAACAGUGAAAUUUGAAAAAAUAUAAGUUUUAAAUAAAAACCUAAACACCAAAACCAUGCGAGCUCAUUUUGAUAUACCUGCCUCUCCCGACACCGAUGAUGGUGGUGUUUUGGAGUCGAAAGAUGGUGGCAAUGACCAAAUUGCAGCACAUGCUGGCGGCGAUGAAUCGCACGAGCAAUUGCAAACGCGUAUUAUGGAAUUCAAAAGUGAUUCGAGUAAAAUGGCCGUGUUGGGCGAGUUCAUUGAUGAAGUUUUGGAAAAGGCCGAAGAGGAGGCCAACAAACAACAGGACAACGGUGACACCAGCAAUUCGCAACAGAACAAAAACAAAUCCCAAAAACAAACUUUCGCUAUACCAGAUUUCAAGAAUGGCAAAGUGGUCAACAAGGCACGAGGAUUUGUGGUGCGUCUCUUUGAGUCGAUAUGUAAUUGUGCCAAUAACGCCACCGCCGCACCGGUGGCCCGCUUCAAGUUCCGCAGUGGUAAAAGAGCUGCCUCCACCACCGAUGCUCCGGAGACAAAUGGCAAAAUGGAAGCCAAAAGAGAGGAAAAGGUUAAGAAGAGCGUAUCGGUGAAAGAGAAAAAGAACGAUAAAAUCAAAUUUGAGGAUGAAGCAAAUGAUGGUGAACCACAGGAGGCCAUUGAGUUGCAAUAAAUAAGCUGGAGAAAAGAAGAGAGGCGGUGCAAUGGCAACGCAAUGCAAAGAAAUUAAUACACCACAUUCAAAAUUUUUAGAAGACUUACAAGAAUAACAUACAACACUAAUUUAUAGCAAUACUAAAUAGCUUAGAACUGAAUAUCACCACAAUCGGAUGUAAGGACAAACACAAGAGAUCUUUUUUUUAGUUUUUGUUUUGGCAACACUGUGCUCAACAACACCAUCCAAUGGUUUCCUAGACUAGUUGUAAACAAAUUUUCAAAGAAAAAGAGAAAAAAGAAGCAGCAAUAACAAAUAACUGGAAAUCCUUUUAGUCUAGGGAGUAGCCGAUAGAUGGCGCAAGGCAGCUAUGGGAGUAAAGUUUCGCCGUAGCUGAGCUGAACUCCUUCCUCUCGCCUCUCGCGCCCUAUAAUAAUAAUAAAAAUAGCACAAUAUUUUCUAUAGAUGUAAUUAUUAGAGUAAGUAAUACAAUAACAAUCACUUCUAAAUGUCAAUAUAAAUGGAUUUUUACAAAUCAUUCCGGUAGGAACGCAAUGGUCCACAAUCACUAUCUUUAAAUAGUAGUCAAUAGACUUGUAAUAUACCAAAAUAGAAUUCAGGAUGGGCGUAGAUUCAAGAAGAGACAAAACUAAAUAAGUGCUCGAAAAAGAGGCGGAUUUUUUCAGUCUUGAAACAAAUUCGAACUGAUAAAAUAUUUCGGGAAACACAGUUUUUACCUCAAGCGUUUAGAGCAAUAUUCGAAUCUAUGGAAGUCUUCUGAUAUUUGAAGAAAGCUCCUGAUAUCGAUCAAUACCAAAGUGAAAGGAAGCAUCCGAAAAGAACAAUUUGAACUUGAACCAGGUACCCAAUUUCUUUGUUUACCUUAAGGUCCGGCUGAUGACUUAAGUCAGAAAAAAAUUCAUCUUAUGUGAUUAGACCUUGAAGAUGGGAAUACAUAAAAAACUAUUUUGACUGGCUUAUAUCAUCGGCUGGCUUCUUCGAAAAAUAACAAAAAUCAAACUAAGUCAACCUAAAACUCCUUUGUUCAACUACGAAGAAGCCAGCCGAUGACUUAAGCCAGCCAAAUAUGCGCUUUUUAUGUUUCCACCCUUAAGCCAGUCAAGAAAGCCUUUUAUGUACUUUCACUAAAAGAAAAAAAACAUCCCGAAGCUGACAUGUUGUCAAAUUUGUAGAGUUGUCCGAAAAGAACUAGUUCAUCAAAAAUGAACAAACUCUUUUUCCUUUUAGUUUUUAUAGUUCACCUGGUUCCAUUGUCUUGCGUCAUUGUUUCAAUUCUAUCAGUUCUGUCAUGGCAAAACAAUAAAGGUAGUCUCAUUUCCUAAAACGAACAUGGCAACCCUCAAUAACUCAAUUUACUCACAUUUUGCAAAUAAAUAUUACUAUCAUACCUAAAAUGUUUGCGUAUGACGAGUGUCUUACUUAACAAAAAUAAUAAAUUAUCUCAUAUUUUCUGGGUUAAUUGGAGCAGAAAAGUCAGUUAUUUGCUCCAUACAUGAUAAAAUUUAGGAGGUAAACUUAUUUCAAAAUCAUCUCUGCAUUUCCUCUAAUUUACCUUGUCAAAUUUCACUGAAUAAAAAACAGGUUCUCAUCCCUGAUUUUUGUGUAUUCAAUGAAUUUACAAAUAUAAAUUUUGACAAAGAGAUGUUGUCAAAUUUUUGAAAAAAUGUUAAACAUAUGACAGCUUGAUUUUGUUUUCUUCUUAAUUCUACCAUGGCUAAUAUGUUAAGGUGAGAAUACAUAAAAUGCUUUUCUGACUGGUUUAAAGGGUCAAAAUCGAAGUAAGUCAACCCCAAACUACUUUGUUCUUGUACGAAUAAGCCAGCCGAUGAAUUAAGCCAGCCAAAAAAUCUUUUUAUGUACUCUCUCCUUUAGUUUUCUGGUUGAGAUCGUAUUCUUUCUUGAUAGAAAGUAUAAAUUAAGUGAUAAUGAUAAAAUAUUUAGUGGGAAAUAAAUGUAAAUCUCUUGCCAGUUGUACGUCCAUAUCUAAGGAGGAACAACAAAAUAUAAAUUUGACAAUGAAGGGACAACAAAUAAAAAAAGUUGUAACCGUAUGACUAUAUGAGAUUACCUUUGUAAUUGUACCAUGGGAUCGGCGUUCUUAGUUUUUUUAAUUUAAGAGAAAGGAAAGUAUUCAAUUUUCAGGAACUAUGGACAAGAAAGGGUUCAGGAACUAAUAACAGCUACAUCUAUGCAGGUAUAUGAAGAAGAUUGAAGGUGAGAAUACAUAAAACGUUUUCCUGACUUGCUUAAUUCAUCGGCUGGCUUCUUCGGAAAAGAACAAAGGAGCAUAGGGCCAAAAUCGAGUCAAAGUCAACCUAAACUUCAUUUGUUCCUAUACGGAGAAACCAGCCGAUGACUUAAGCUAGUGAAAAAAAAAACGUUUUAUGUAUUCUCACCUUAAGUCUACUCAUAGACAUUCAAUGAAAAAACCGAUUCUAGGAUAGGAUAUUCAAUCCUCCUAAUUCCCAUUGGGCGAACUUUUCCUCCUCCAAUUCUAUUUUGGUAUAUAUUUUGAAAAAACCAAAUCACAAAUGCUCUGCAAUGCAAUCAUUAAAUAAAGAAUAUUCAAAAUACACUUGUUUUACAACACCUAACCUACAAUAACAAAAAUUGUAACUUACAAUAUUAAUAUAGAUAACUUAUAUGAAAAAUAAUUUAAAUACAUAUAAAUGUAUUAUAAAUUAGAACAGAAAAAAUGGGAAAAUUACAUUGAAUUUACGCACACAUACACAAAAUACAUAAUAAAUAUUUGCAAAUCAUAAAUAUAUUCUUAGAGAAAUCGUGUGAAAUAAGAAAUUAAUCAAAAUUAUUGAGGACACAUUCAUAAGUUCUCUAUGGUUGCACAUGGGAAAUUUUGCGUUAUCCUACUCACAAAGUUCAUUAAAUUAAUAUGUUAAGAGGAUUUUUGCAUGCAAGUUUGAUGUGUGGCCUGGCCACUUUAUGACAACAAAAUGCGCGCGUCAUGGUAAAAGAAUUCACGAAGUCGCAUCGACACAGCUGCUGAGACAAUGAACUGUCAAACCAAUUUUGGAAUUGAAAAAUUUGAAUGAAAAAUUAUUAAAUUUUGUGAAAAUUGUUGAAAAAUGCAUAUAAUAACAACCUCCAAUUGGCAACAUAUAAGAAAACUUAUAAAAAUCGACUUAUUUGAUUUGAUUUUUUUUUCUCAUUUUUUAAAUGAGCUAAAAAGGCGAAAGUAUAAAAAUUUUGUAUAAAAUACAAUAUAAUCACGAUGUAAUCAAAGGAAAUUAAAAAAAAAAAAAACAUAUGCAGGUGUGUGAUAGCAAAAAUUAUGAGUCGUAUGUAAAAUGAUAAUAUUGACAUACACAUGGAUUAUAAAAGUGACAGUACAUAUGUUAAACCUCAUCCAUCUGAUAAUGCCUUUAAUGGGUAAGAGAGCACUGAACUUUGUGAGUGGGAAUACACAGCAAAUGCCAUGUGAGCAUAGAAUAGAGAUCAAUUUUUGACAUACAAUACGCCAUAACCUAACUUUUGUUCAUCAAAAAAAUUGAGGAAAAUCCCCCAAAAAGAAAUUUCAACAAAAAUAAAGAUAUUUUCUAAUCAAUCUAUCAAAAUUUUACUAUCCUCUCUACAAGAAGUAAUAUUUAUACACUGUGUAUUUACAUAUACUAUAAAGCAAAUUAUAGAACAUUUACUAAUAUGUAUUUAUAUAACCUAUAUUUUUGUGUAUGUAUUGUAUAUUUUUUAUAUGCCUAUAAUGUACUGUAUUUUAUAUUGAAAUCAAAAAUUUUAUACCUUUUAUUUGAAACUACCAUGGCCUAGAAUAUAAUAAAAAAAAAGAAAUGAUAACUAACAACCCCAUCCCAGAUCCUGAAUUCCCCCCCUUAAUUUUAUAAAACAACCUUCCCAUGUUAUUCUUUAAAACAAAAAGAUUGCAAAUAUUAAAUUAUACUAAACUGUACAACACUAAUGCCCACCGGUCGAUCGGUCAGUUCCGGAUGAUACAUCCCUCUGUUGUUUAACAGAAAAUUUGCUCAAUCCAAAGCAGUAUUGUCCUAUAAAUGUUAGAAAUUUUCUAGGUUAGGAUAUUAACUAACCUAGAAAUUUUAGUUAUGUGUGAAAUAAAAAUUGAUAAAUGAUGACA